UCCUUUUAGUCAACGCUUCUCCCUUUGUUUACAAGUAGUUUAUAAGAUUUCAUUUACUUGUUUUUGACGUCAGACUUUAUUUAUAGCUUUUAUCUACUUCUGUUGACAAUAAAAAAAACUUUUUAUUUCCAGGAUUUAUCAGACAAAAAACGAAUAAUAUCUCUUAUAUAUUUUUGUUUCUUUUAUAUUCCUUUCAUCUGAUAAUUCAUAAUUGGUUUACUCUAGGCACAUAAGUCAACUAUCUCUCUCUCUCUCUUUCUCAUCUUUUUCUUCCUCUGUUUUCUGCCAUGAAUUGAGCAACUUCAAUUCUAAAUUUCUAAUACCAAUUUGAAUUUCUCAACUUGAUUUUUGAAAAUUUAAUCUUGAUGGGUAACGGAGCGACAAAACUGAGUACAUGUUUCACAGGCAGCGGAGAUCGUUUCCGACAGAAACACAUCUCAGUUCCACCUCCUACUGAUCCUCUAGACGAAGGCUUAGGCCAUUCCUUCUGCUACGUCCGACCCGAACCGACCCUCAUCACUUGCUCAAAAGUCCACUCGGAGGUGGAAGAGACCACCAUGUUCCGAACGAUCUCCGGCGCCUCCGUCAGCGCCAACGCCGCCACUCCCCUCUCCACCUCUCUCUACGACCCCUACGGCCACAUCGACAGAGCUGCCGCGUUCGAGAGCACGACGUCGUUUCCUUCCAUCCCUCUCCAGCCCAUCCCCAAAAGCUCCGGCGGCGGCGGCGGCGGUGGUGGUCCGGUCGUCUUGGGCUCCGGUCCGAUCGAAAGAGGCUUCCUCUCGGGUCCGAUCGAGAGAGGGUUCCUAUCGGGCCCGCUGGACCGCGGCGGGCUUUUCUCCGGCCCGCUCGAAAAGCAGCCCAGCUCCGAUCAUCAUCACCGCUUCCAGCGUAGCUUCUCCCACGGGUUAGCGUUACGGGUCGGGUCGAGAAAACGGUCGUUGGUUCGGAUCCUCCGCCGCGCGAUCUCGAGGACGGUGUCUCGCGGGCAGAACUCGAUCGUGGCUCCGGUCAAGUCCGUUAAAGAGUCCGAGAGCAGCAAGAGCCACAACGAGAAUAAUCUCACGGUUAAUAGCUUGAACUUUAGCAGCGAGGGGACGUUGGACGACGACGUUUCGCUCGAGAGCCAGAACCUUCAGUGGGCUCAGGGGAAAGCAGGCGAGGAUCGAGUACACGUCGUCGUUUCGGAGGAGCACGGGUGGCUUUUCGUCGGAAUAUACGACGGGUUCAACGGUCCGGAUGCGACGGAUUAUUUACUCUCUCAUCUGUACCCUACGCUUCAUCGUGAGCUUAAAGGUUUGUUAUGGGACGAUCCAAAGCCUCAGGAUCUAGACAGAUCUUGUCUUGACGAGUCGUGUUCAGACAGAGUUGAUAAUGAUCAAUGUGAGGGACGGUGGAGAUGUGAGUGGGAUCGGGAGAAGAAAGAUCUUGACCGUAGAUUAAAGGAACAGAUCAAUAAUAGGAGAAGUGGGUCGGACUCGGAUCAGUUGACGAACCAUUCGGAUGUUUUAAAAGCAUUGUCGCUAGCUCUGAGGAAGACGGAAGAAGCGUAUCUAGAUACUGCUGAUAAGAUGCUGGAGGAGAACCCUGAGCUAGCUUUGAUGGGUUCUUGUGUUCUGGUGAUGCUUAUGAAAGGUGAAGAUAUCUAUGUGAUGAAUGUUGGCGAUAGUAGAGUUGUGCUUGGUCAGAAGUCGGAACAAGAGUACUGGUUAGCUAAGAUAAGACAGGACUUGAAGCGGAUCAAUGAAGAAACGAUGAAGAAUGAUUUGAGAGGUUGCGAGGGAGAUCACGAAGUCGCAAACUUAUCGGCUUUUCAGCUCACUGUUGAUCACAGCACAGAUGUAGAAGAGGAAGUUGAAAGAAUAAGAAACGAGCAUCCGGAUGAUGCUAGUGCAGUGAGUAAUGAACGAGUUAAAGGCUCCUUGAAGGUCACAAGAGCAUUUGGUGCCGGUUUCUUAAAGCAGCCUAAAUGGAACAAUGCGCUUCUUGAGAUGUUCCAAAUUGAUUACAUAGGGGAGUCUCCUUACAUCAACUGCUUACCGUCUCUCUACCAUCACAGAUUAGGAUCCAAGGACAAGUUUCUAAUACUAUCAUCAGAUGGUCUAUACCAAUACUUCACAAACGAAGAAGCGGUUUCAGAGGUUGAGCUAUUCAUCACAUUGCAGCCUGAAGGGGACCCUGCUCAGCACCUUGUACAAGAGCUUUUGUUCAGAGCUGCUAAGAAAGCUGGUAUGGAUUUCCAUGAGUUGCUGGAGAUACCACAAGGUGAACGUAGACGAUACCAUGAUGAUGUUUCAAUAGUAGUGAUCUCUCUAGAAGGAAGAAUGUGGAAAUCAUGUGUAUAAUAAAAAAACAAAACCCUGUUGUAGUGUCUCAAUCAUGUAGUAUAAUGUUGACAAUCAGGAAAUAAUAUAUAUAUAUAUAUAUAUA